AUGUUUCACUCAUCCAUUGUGCUCGCUAUCCUUCCUCCUCUCUCCCUCUUUACGGCAGCUGGAGCUGAUUCCCCUUCUCUCUCCAUCGAAAACAUAAAGUUCUCCUCGUACUACCUGAUGGUAUCUCCCUCCGCCCAAGGUCCAAGACAAGGCCUUCUCGACUUCACCUUGAUUAACAGCGCAGUUGGAGUUGCUAUUGCGUGCAGUGCUAAGAACUCGAAUUCUUUCGCCAUUUUCAGCCCCUCUAUCAGCUAUGAAUGCGACUUCGCGCCUGCUGGAGGAGAAGUGAGGGACGACGACUGGUGCUGGACAAAUAGCGCGACUUUCAAUUUUGAUACGACAGAGCCGAAGGUCUACAACUUGACUGUGCAAAUGAGUUGGUCGUGUGAGAAGCGUCUACGCUCUAUCCGCCUGGAGUCUCCUUGA